GGAUUAUCUCUCUCCACGUCAUUGAUCAUACCGUUACGUGUGGCACUGAUCGUUCAGAGCCAAGCACACAAGCAUCGACAAGCUUCCACGCAUAAAGCUUGAGCUUUGGGCAAAGCAAUUGACGGAAGCCCUCACCCCUUACCAACUACAUCACACGUCGCUUCAACAAUGACAUCGUCACUACGCGACUAUGGCGCUGCCGCCCCUCAUGGUCCCAACAUGGACCGCCAUCAUGUUGCUACGCAGGACGUCUCGGCUAUGAACCCUAACGAGGCUGGAGUCCUCCACGGCCUCCUUCAUCCAGACGAUAUCUAUGAUGCAGACGGCACCUACUGGGCCGAUCUACCUAUGGGGAAGCGCAUCAAGUUCGUCACCGGCGUUGACGGCCAGGAAUCAAAGAAAGAACUCCGAUCGAUAGGAACCAUGCUCAAGAAUGAUCCGCUAAGCCCAGUGGGAUAUUACCUCAGGAACAUGGUCGUCCCUGGAGCUGGUCUCCUUCUUGAGGGAUAUGUCCUGUUCUCAAUUGGCAAUGUCAGGCCGUUACUCCAAGCCGCAUUCCCUUCCUGCUGGAAGACUUUUGACAUCUGUAACGAGACCUGGACCCAAGCCAUCGACUACCUUGAGAUUUGCGGUAUCAUCGUUGGCCAAAUUCUCGUCGGUAUCAUCGGAGACUGGUUGGGACGUCGAUGGGGUCUCAUCCAGGAUGCUGUCGUCAUGUUUGUCGGUCUGAUCAUGCUUACGGCUGCCUGGGGCGUGGAUCAGAAUGGAUGGGUCAUCUGCUAUGUCUGGUCUCUGUUCUUUUACGGCGUCGGCGUGGGAGGCGAAUAUCCGAUGACCGCUACGUCUGGUAUGGAAAACGCUGUUGGCUCUGGUAAAGUCUCGACCAAGGAUGACCGUCUUCACCGCGGUCGCAAAGUCACCAGCGCCUUCCUGAUGCAAGGUUGGGGUCAAUUCGCCAACCAAGUCAUCUUGAUCAUCCUCCUGCUCAUAUUCCAUCAUGGUAGUGGAAACCCACCCUACUCAAAGGUUGCUGCACAGUGGACAUACCGCGUCAGCUUCGCUAUCCCAGCAGUUGGAACACUCUGGCUAGUCUACUUCCGUUACUACAAGAUGAGAUCGGCAAGCAAGCAGCUAUUCCUGGCCAAGAAGAAGCAGAAAGUUACCGGAUACGACACCAAGUCGCUCAAAAUGACUCUCACGUACUUCGGCCCUCGUCUUCUUGCUACGGCUGGCGCAUGGUUUGCCAAUGACGUGUUCUUCUAUGGCAACAAGCUGUUUCAGAAUCAGUUCAUUGCUGUCCUGACGCCAAACAACCACUCGGUUAUGGAAGGAUGGCUGUACAACUUGGUUAAUGUCGGUGUUAGCUUGGUAGGCUACUACAUGGCCUCGUUCUUCAUUGACAACAAGCUCUACGGCAGGAAGUGGAUGAUGAUCGUUGGGUUCCUCGCCGAUUUUAUCUUAUUCGUGGUUCCGGCUUUCAACUACGAUUUCUUCACCUCGCCGAAUCAUAUCCACGCGUUCCAGGCCAUGUACUUCCUCUCGUCUUUCUUUAAUCAAUUCGGCCCCAACUCGGUGACAUUCCUCGUGGCCGCGGAAGUGUACCCGACACCAAUUCGCGCUACAGCUCACGGCUUCUCAGCGGCUGUAGGGAAGCUUGGUGCGUUGCUGGCGGCGGUUCUCUACAACUACAUCACCACCCAGCAGAAGUUCUACGUCGUGCCAUGGUUCGGACUCGGGGGUGCUCUCGUCACUUGGCUGUUCCUCCCCGACACCACCGGACUCGACCUCAAGGAGCAAGAGCGACGCUGGACGUACAUUCGCGCGGGUCGCGAAGAAGACUACCACGGCAUCGCAAUCCACCCGAAGCAUCUGUCGCUCUGGGAGCGCAUACGCGGUGUAGGCAAGCACUACGACGCGACGCUGGACUACCAACAGAAGGUCGAGGAGCUCCGAGCCGAGUGGGAGGCACGACAGGCGCGCAAGGGCAAUGAGGGCGUGAAGGUCGAGGAUGAGGACGAUGAGGAUGAUUACCCUAACGAGGUGCACACCUACUUUAGCCGGACGGCGACGAACUCGCCCAACAUGACGCCGAUGCUGCGGCCAAAGGAGAAGCAGGCGUCGGAGAGCGACGAUGGCAGCAACGAGAAGCUGUAAAUAGAUGGCGGUGCCGGGUUU